GGCGAGUGUCGCUUGAAAAGCAGAGAGCGGUGAGUGCGAGAGGAAGGUACCAUGGCGGUCGUCGGUCGGGCAAUGGCGCAGAUUCUGGGCUUUCUAGCCACAAUGCUGAUAUCAGGAAAUGCAGAAGUCUUCUCGAGAGUUCCGUUGAUUGAACUGCAACGCCUGAGCAACGUCAUGCAAACAACAGACAGCUCGGGCAACAUCACUGCAACUGCAUCUUUCAAUACCCAUGAUAUAACACUCGUUGCUAAGAACCAUGAGAACGCUACGGUGACUUUGUUUUUGAGCGGGAAACUGGAGGUAUGCGUCAACUUCACCUUUACUUACGACCCCAACGACCCGACCAUCAACCCACUGGACGACUUCACGCUCUGCUCACACGACGGAGGCUCAGACGGGGAAGCCAGGUCGUCGAAGGAACACGAAGUCGCUCUGUCUCAGAACCCGCUGCCGAUGAACCUCACGCUCGAAGUCGCAAGUCGUCGCGUUGGGAAGACGGUCCUCGGGGUGAAGGCUGACCCGGCGGUGGUCGAUGUAACAAACGCGUUCGUACGAGUAGCUGUAAUCCAUGACCCCAUCUUAAACGUGAUUAGUGACGUGUUCGGCUGGACUUACUCAAUCAUCUGGGAUAUUUCUUUCUUACCUCAAGUGUGGCUGAACUGGAACCGAAAGAGCGUGGUGGGUUUCAGCUUGGACAAUGUGACUCUUAACAUUCUGGCCUACAUGUGUUACUCGCUCUUCAACGUUGCAUUCUACGCCGUGCCUUAUAUACAGAACCAAUUCCACGCGAGGUACCCGAGGCAAGUGAACCACGUACGACCCAACGACGUUUUCUUUGCCACCUACGCCCUCUUCAUCGAAAUCGUCCUGGGUAUUCAGUGCUUGAUCUAUUACAGAGAACCCGGCCAGGUGGUCUCGAAAACAUGUUGGAUCCUUGUAGCAGGGUCUCUCCUCUCCAUAGCGGCCGCCUGUGUUCUCGCUGUGGAAAACGUUAUAUGGUGGCUUGACGUGUUUUACCUCAUGUCUUACCUGAAGCUGGGCAUCACGCCGCUAAAGUACAUUCCUCAGCUGUAUGUGAAUUACCGCCACAAGAGCACCGCUGGCUUCAGCAUGGUUGGGCUGCUGAUGGAUUUCACGGGCGGCGUCUUGUCCUUAAGUCAGAUGUUUAUGCUGUCGGCUAACAAUGAUGAUUGGGUCUCCGUCUUCAACAACUUCAGCAAGUUUGGUCUCGGAGUUAUAACAAUUUUCUUCGACCUGAUGUUCUUCUUCCAACAUUAUUACUUCCACCUGCGUAAACCUAGUCUACUUCUUUGAAAAAAUGCAAUCAUAGUUGUUUCACUUGGUAUAGUUUGCUUCUCGUUUCUUCCACUUAUGUUGUUUCAUCCACAAUGACUUAACUCUUGUAAUAAAUCUUCCCAACAUGUUUUUAUUUAUUCUGACUCACAGGUGGUCAAAUGUGCUUUUCGGUGCUUUAUCACACUUUUUU